AAGCAUAUAAUAAAUUUUUUUAGAGGUUGGAGGGCAUUCGGAGUUAGAGAUAGAGAGGAAUCGUAAGUAUAAAGAGUUAUAGAUAGAGUCGAAUCUGAAGUAUAAAGAGUUAUAGAUCCGUACAAAUAAAUUGAGCGAGUGGGUUGGUAUUAUAUAAAGGAAGACUAAAAGGGUUUGUUGUUAAACAAAGAUUAGUUUGUAGUAACAAUGAUGUUUCUCCUUGUCGGCGGAACCAGGAAGCUCCGAUCGUUCUCCACGGCGGCGGCGCAGCCAUAUCUCCUGGUCAGAGAGAGGGAGGUCACCUUGAAGUCCUCCAGUGAAAGAGUGGUCACCUUAAAUCUGUUGGAUCCGUGUAAGCUUGAGAUGGUGAAGAUCCCCGGCAAGACUCUCCCGACGGAGGUUGCUAAGUCGUUGAGGAUAGGUUCAUCCAAGGGAUGGGUGGCUCUGACGGACCUUCAAAAUUCGAAACUGCGUCUCACUAAUCUAUUUAACCCUUGUGCCUCUUCACCAACAACAAUAACACUACCCCCUCUCGACGGGUCAGUUGCCCGAGUUUCCAAGGUCUCUCUCUCAGCAUCCCCGAACCAACGUGACUGUGUAGUUACUAGUGGCUGCUAA